AUGGCCAAACAGCCUACAUUAUUAAAUUUUUUUCAAAAAGUUACCUCUCCUAGAUCGGAGAAUCAAAACCAAAAAUGUGUAGAAAAGGCGGAUAAUUUUAAAACGCCGAAAAAACCAGUACAAAAUGGAAAAGAUUUUGAAAUAUGUGAACUUGUCUGGGCUAAACUAGAGGGUUAUCCUUGGUGGCCGAGUUUGGUAUGUCAGCAUCCAAAAACAAAAAAGCAUAUCAGAGGAGGCGAAGUUCAUGUUCAAUUUUUUGAUAAUCCACCAACCAGAGCUUGGGUUUUAAAAAAAGAUAUUGAAAAAUACUCAUUGAAUUCUAAUAAAAGGCAUCCGAAAGAUUGUAAAAAAAUAGAUGAAGAAAAUUUAAAAGAAGCAUGUGUACAAGCAGACAAAGCAUAUCAUCUUGAUAUUAAGGAUAGAGCCAAUUUGUUAGUUGAUUUUAACAAUCAUUCUUUUUCAGAGGAAAAUAAGCUUGAUGAUUCAUUGCAAGAUACUGAUAAAAAUGAUUUGGAUAGUGAUGUUGAUGGUGAUGAAAAAACUCCCAAAAAGAAAAGAAAAGUUUUUGUAUUUGACAGUGAUAAUUCCGAGGAUGAAUAUAAACCUGAAGAUGAGGAUGAAUCCUCUGGAGAUGAUUCUAAUUUAAGUGAAAUAUGCAAGGAAGAAGAAGAAGAAGAAAUUGAAGAAACACCACCAAAAGGAGUCAAAAGAAAAAGAAAUCAGUCAUUUAAAAAUAAAAGUAAAAAAACAUGCUUUAAUACAACUAUACCUUCAACUCCCACUACUCCUUCGGUAAAAUCUAAAUUGUCACAUUUUAAAAAUCAAGCACUGACUAGCAAUUCUAAAAAACCUGAUGAAGAAAAGUUAGAUGACUGGCCUCAUUUAAAGUUUUCUUUUCUUCAACCUGAAAACAUAAUGGAUAAGAAAAAAAGAAGACCGGAUCAUCCAGAUUAUGAUAAAAAAACUCUUUAUGUUCCAGAAGAUUUCAAAGCCAAAGCCACGCCGGCUGUCAGACAGUGGUGGGAAUUAAAAUCAGAUCAUUAUGAUUGUAUAUUAUUUUUCAAAGUUGGAAAAUUUUAUGAAUUAUAUCACAUGGAUGCAGUAAUAGGUGUCAAUGAAUUAUCAUUAACAUUUAUGAAAGGAGAUUUUGCUCAUUCUGGAUUUCCAGAAAUAUCAUAUGGAAGAUUUUCCACUAUUUUAGUACAAAAAGGUUAUAAGGUAGCAAGAGUUGAACAAACUGAAACUCCAGAAAUGAUGACGGAAAGAUGUAAACAUCAAUCGAAAGUGACAAAAUUUGAUAAAGUUGUAAAUAGAGAAAUUUGUCAGGUUACAACGAAAGGUACCCAAAUUUUUAGUUUUAUCGAUGGAGAAGCCAAAGAAUAUGAAACAAAUUAUUUAUUCGCUUUAGCUGAAAAGACUGAUAAUUCUGGUAAUAUUGCAUUUGGAGUUUGCUUUAUCGAUACAUCAAUUGGAACUUUUCAUUUAGGCCAGUUCAAUGAUGAUAAAUUUUUGUCUCGUCUUCGUAUUGUUUUAUCACAUCAUCCUCCUGUUCAGAUAUUAUAUGAAAAGUAUCAAUUAUCCGGAAAGACAAUGCAGUUAUUAAAGUGUGCAUUUAAUUCUGUCCUUCAAGAACCUUUGGCUGCAGAAACUGAAUUUUGGUCUGCUUCUAAAACUUUAAGUACGUUAGCUGAAGAAAAUCAUUUUACCAAACCAAAUGAAAAUGGAACAAAAUGGCCGGACGCUAUCAAAAAAUUUCUUAACCCUGCUGAUUCUCUAGGAUUGAGUCCUUCUGAGGAUGGUGAAUUGGCUAUCAAAGCAUUGGGAGCUUGCGUUUGGUAUUUAAAACAAUGUUUUCUGGAUCAACAACUUUUGGCCAUGCAAAAAUUUGAAAUUUACACCCCGAUUAAUAAAAUAUCAGAAGUUAAUUUUGAAACGAACAUGGCUACGUCAGUAGAUUUAGGAAGAUACAUGAUUUUGGAUAGUUUAACUUUAGAAAAUUUAGAAGUUAUAAAUAAUUCGAAUGGGGAAAAACACGGAACAUUAUUGGAAAAAUUAGAUCACUGUUGUACAUUCACGGGUAAAAGAUUAUUGAGACAGUGGAUUUGUACUCCAUUGUGUAGCAUUUCAGGAAUUACUUCGCGUCAAAAAGCCAUUAUAGAGCUUUCAGAAAAAGGUGUUAUAAAAAAAAUUAAAUCCAUGUUGAAGGGAGUUCCAGAUUUGGAAAGACUUUUGGGAAAAAUUCACACUCAAGGAAAUGCAAUCCGUAGUAAAACUCAUCCGGAUAGUAGAGCUAUUUUCUUCGAAGACAAAUUAUAUUCAAAGCGUAAAAUAUUGGAUUUUCUUUCUGCUUUAACGGGUUUUGAAAAAGUACAAAAUUUAAUUGAAACUCUACAAAAUGAAUUCGAAUGGGAUUCGGAAUUACUCCGACAAUGUUUAUUAUUUUCUCCGAAUGGUAAAUUCAAAGAUUUGUCCGAGGAUUUAAAUUUUUUUAAAAAUGCUUUCGAUCACGAUUUAGCAAAAAAAGAGGGAUGCAUUAUUCCCGUAUCGUCCGGCGUGGAUUCAGAGUAUGAUAGUGUUGUGAAGGAAAUUAAAAGUAUAGAAAUCGAGUCAAAUAAAUAUCUGAAAUCACAAUGUCAAUUUUUUCAAACAUCUGUUAAAUACUACGGCACGGAGAAAAAUCGUUUUCAACUGGAAGUCCCAGAUUCGCAAGCCAAAAAAGCAAAUGAAAAUUACGAGUUUACGUCUUGUCGGAAAGGAUAUAAACGUUUUACGACUCCGGAAACGAAAUCUUUUUUACAAAGACUUAAACAAGCUGAAGACAUGAAGAGUAACAUACUAAAAGAUUUGAGACGUAGAAUUUUCGCUCAAUUCAGUGAUAAGUAUGAAAAUUGGAUAACGGCAAUACAAUGCGUAUCACUUCUUGAUGCUCUAAUGUCAUUGGCCGAAUAUUGUAGUUUAGAACCGGGAGAAAUGUGUUUACCAGAAUUUUCAGAGCCUCAAAUAAAUAAUAAGCCAUUUAUUGACAUCGCAAAUGGGAGGCAUCCAUGUCUUUCCGUCGAAAACGGUUUUAUUCCUAAUGAUAUAAAAUUAGGAACGAAUUCCUUUAGUAACUUGGUUCUCUUAACUGGUCCGAACAUGGGUGGUAAAUCAACUUUAAUGCGUCAAUUGGGUCUCAUUACAAUUAUGGCUCAAAUGGGUUUAAAAGUUCCUGCGGAAACUUGUAAAUUAAUUCCGAUUGAUCGGAUAUUCACUCGCAUAGGAGCAAAGGAUGAUAUACUCGCGGGAGAAAGUACUUUUUACGUCGAACUCAGCGAAGCAUCAAUGAUUUUAAAUAAUGCCACUCAAUUUUCUCUCGCUUUAAUCGAUGAAUUAGGUCGUGGUACGUCUACGUACGAUGGCACGGCAAUUGCCUAUUCAGUCGUGAAAGAACUUUCCCAUCGCGGAUGUCGUACUUUAUUUUCAACUCAUUAUCACAUUCUCAUAGACGAUUUUAAAGAGUCUGAUAGUGUAACUUUAGGCCAUAUGGCAUGCAUGGUCGAAACUGAUGAAGAAGAUCCCUCGGAGGAAACCGUUACAUUUUUGUAUAAAUUUGUAGAUGGUGCUUGUCCAAAAUCCUACGGGUUUAAUGCUGCCAAAUUGGCUGGAAUUCCUAUUAAUAUUAUAAAAGCGGCUAGGAAAAAGACGGCUUUAUUAGAAAAAGAAUCCGAGAAAAGAGACAUUUUAAAAAAAUUAUUUCAAACUGAAAAAUAUUCAACAGAAGAAUUUUCAAAACUUUUUAAUUUAAUUCGAUUAGUUUAA